CUGAAACAAUGUGCAGGAACCUCUACCUAAAACUGUUAUUCGAAUGUGGCGGACGAAGGGACAGCGCAUGACAAUUACGUCAGUGAUGUGAUCUCCCAGAGAAGCUCCAGCACACUGCCAUCCCGACGAUUUAUUGUACAGACUCUCUCGUUGUUCAUGCUCAUCACCACUAUGACCCCUAGAACCUGCUAAGCUAUCUCCAUUGCUGUCGGCUGAAGCUCGUAGUGACCAUGGCGGAUGAUGACGGGACGUGCCAAGGUGAGGCCGCCCUCGCCCCAGGAAGCAAAGAUAUCUUUGUACAGCUGGUCAUCUCUUUUGCUUUGGGGAUAUCUGCCUUCAUAGCUUUUUGUAUUCUUCGUCCCCGAUGGAAAACACUCUAUGCCGCAAGAAAGCGACACAGCAACCCCGAAAUUGCCCUGCCUGUUCUUCCCGAUAGUUUUCUAGGAUGGAUACCAGCCUUAUAUAAGGUGACGGAGGAGCAAGUCUUGGCCUCUGCCGGCUUAGACGCGUUUGUGUUCCUCUCUUUCUUCAAGAUGUCUCUCCGCCUAUUUGGGAUAAUGUUCUUCUUCUCUGUAACAGUUUUGUGGCCUAUACACAGAGCAUUCGAUACCUACCACUGGAACCCUCCGGAGCGUCACGAUAACUCUUCGGCUCAACAUAGCUUGCUUUUCAACAACCCAUAUCUUGACGAAUCGUUUCUCUUCACCGCAAAAAAUACCAAUAAGCAUGACGACAAAGGAUGGAGUUAUCUUUGGUCAUACCUCGUCUUCACAUGGUUCUUCUCACUCUUGACAAUGUACUUCGUCAACACAGAGACAUUCAGAGUGGUCAAGAUCAGGCAAGACUAUCUUGGUACUCAGUCUACUGUGACAGACCGCACCUUCAGACUGACCGGGAUUCCAAAAGAUCUGAGAACGAAAGAAAAAAUCAAAGAAUUUGUUGAAAAUCUAGAGAUUGGACACGUCCGCAGUGUAAAUCUGUGUCGAAACUGGGCGGAAAUUGAUGGCCUUAUGGCCCAGCGACGAAAUGUUCUCCACAAGCUUGAGGAAGCUUGGAGCGCUUACAGAUCACAAAAGGCUAUGAAACCACGCGCCGCUAUGCGGCAUAAUGCUGUAAGCGAUGGAAACGAUCAGCAAGAUGGUCGCAGAGAGGAUACGAAUGAGAAUGGCCCAUUGCUUGGCAGUAACGACCUUCAAACAGAACGUCCAAAAAUCCGUUUACGCUUUGGUUUUCUUAAGAUGCGGAAUCGUAAAAUUGAUGCGUUAGACUAUUACGAAGAGCAGCUGCGUCGACUAGAUGAGAAAAUCGGGGCUGCACGGAAGAAAGUCUAUACACCCACAGACACAGCAUUUGUGACUAUGGAUUCCAUUGCAGCAUGUCAAAUGGCGGUUCAAGCCACGGUAGAUCCACGGCCUGGCCAGCUGCUAGCCAAGCCAGCACCAUCCCCGCAUGAUCUGAUAUGGAAAAAUAUUUAUGUUCCGCGAUAUCGAAGGAGAUUACAGUCCGGGGUGGUCACUGUUUUCAUCACUACCCUAUCGAUUCUCUGGUUUUUCCCGGUUGCCAUCUUGGCUUCUUUGCUCAGUAUUUGCACUAUUAAGCAUAUUGCCCCGUCGCUGGGUGAAUCACUUGAACGACAUGAGGUCACCAAAGCUUUGGUCCGAACUGGACUACCAACCCUAAUUGUGUCGCUCUUGAACGUGCUUGUGCCAUACCUUUACGAUUAUCUUUCAAAUAUCCAGGGGUUUAUCUCGCAGGGCGAUGUUGAAUUGUCUGUCAUAUCGAAGAAUUUUUUCUUCGUCUUCUUCAACAUCUUCGUCGUUUAUGCAGUAUCCGGCUCUGCUGCGCUUGCGGAUCUCUGGCAAAUUAUCAAAGAUUCGUUAAGCGACACGAACGUGAUCGCGUCAAAGAUUGCCCAAUCCAUUCAAAGCCUCAGCAACUUCUACCUAAACUUUAUCAUGCUUCAAGGUUUCGGGCUAUUCCCCUUCAAGCUUCUGCAAUUUGGCAGCGUUUUCCUUUAUCCAUUCUACCGUAUGGGUGCCAAAACCCCUCGUGACUUCGCCGAACUUGUUCAACCAACGCUAUUCAAUUAUGGCUUUUAUCUACCCACCGCCCUGCUUAUAUUCAUCGUUUGUCUUGUUUAUAGCGUUCUUCCAGGUUCCGAGCUAGUGCUGCUCCUAGGUGUCUGUUACUUCGCGCUUGGCUACUUUGUAUACAAGUAUCAGCUUCUUUACUCUAUGGAUCAGCCGCAGCAUGCCACAGGCAAAGCUUGGCCAAUGAUAUGCAGGCGUAUCAUCCUCGGCCUCAUAUCUUUCCAGAUUGUCAUGCUUGCCAUUUUAGUGCUGCGCAAAGCCAUUUAUGAAGCAGCCCUCAUUGCUCCACUGCUAGUUCUGACGUUGUGGUAUAAUAGCUACUUCCAUCGACAAUUCGUUCCACUCACCAAAUUCAUUGCUCUCCGAAGCAUCAACCGCGAGUCGGAUCCUGGGAGACAGAGCAAUCCUGAGCGAAAUGGGGAAGAUUCAACACGGCUCACCAGACGAAUGAGUACGAUUGACGAAGACCGGGAGAAAGGAUUAUCAUUCAUCAAUCCCUCUCUAAUUACUCCACUAGAACAGCCUUGGAUCUACCAAGAUCCACCACCGCCUCUAUCUCCUACAGAAUCUGUCAAUGCAUACCACCCAAGCGACUAUGAAGACCAGUCUGAUCGUCAUAACGCAGCAGUGAGUACAUCAAGCUCGGUUAGUCUAGGAGACACGCGUGUCUGGCGCAAUAAUGGUGACGAUAACGUUUGAGUAGACUUAACGCUACGUAUAUAAUAUCAUAUCAAUAUAAGGUACCAUUCACUUGAUAAAA